AUGCCGCCACGGGCGCGCUCGGCCAGGACUGCAUCGACAGCGACAGCACCCUCCACGCCAGCUACGCCCGACCCACGCGUCCCCACACCUUUCGCGCCCUUGUCCCUCCCCGGCAGCGCGUCGCUCCCGCUCGGCGCGAGCAACCAGCCGGGCUACUGCCUCUCGAACCCGCUCUUCUUCCUCUCGGACGCGUGGAUCCCGCCCCUGCGCGCCGACGUCGACGCGCUCCUCGGCGCGUUCGCCGAGGGCUACCCGGCCGCGCCGAGGUACAGCCCGUACGAGGUCAUGCGCCGCCUGUGGGAGGGCAUGGGGUGGAAGUGGGUUCACUUGCUCGGCGUGCCCCAGAACGGCACCAUGAGGGGGCCUUGGGGAGACUCGGUCGUGCGCGCGUUUCUCGAGCACCUCAACCCGACCGUGGCGCCGCUCCGUCAAGCCGCCGCCUUCCUCGCCCUGCACCUGUUCGUCCUCACCCAGCCGGCGUCGAUGCAGCGCAUCUUCCUCAAGGUCGACCCCGUCAUGCUCGAGUACCUCCUCGCGCUCCCCGAGCAGCUCGCGCCCAUCCUCGACUCGCCCCUGCGCGCCAUGAGCGUCACCGACCUCGACCCGGCCCUCAACGACGCCGCCCCGAUCGCCUCCCUCUCCCCUCCCGCCUCUCACGACCUGUCGACCGCCCUGCACGCCCUCCUCACCUCGUCGUCGUUCCACCUCGUCGCCCCAGAAACCUUCCUCCACCCACCGCCCUCGGCCCUCCCGCUCGUGCGCACCGUGCCCAACCCGCGCUGGUUGCGCAUGCGCGCACAGCGCGCGCUCGCCAUCCUCGGCGCGGCCGACGAGGCGCGCGAGCUCCCGCUCGGCCGCGUCCGCCGCGAGGUGCUCGUCUCGCAGCGCAGGACGAGGAAGCGCGGCCGGCCGACUGACGGCGCCGACUUUGGCGACGACGAUGACGACGAUGAUGAUGAGGAGGAGGAGGAGGAGGAGGAGGACGAGGACGAUGAAGGUGGGAGCGGCGAGGGCGAGAGCGGCGAGGGAGGGAGCGGCGCGAGCGACGAGGAGCGCAAGGACGAAGAGGAGGAGCACCCGGUCAUGGUCAAGGAGUGGGACGUCGACGCCCUCGCGCGCCUCGGCGCGUCGUACCGCUCGGCCAAGCGCGUCCGCGUCGAUGGGCCCGGCAACGAGCGCUCGUCGCUCCUCGACCCGGCCUUUGCCCUCCAGGCCGACGUCCUGCGCGAGGCCCAGAGGCGCACGCGCGACGCCCUGCGCGACGUCGCUGCGCGUGGACUGCUCGGCGAGGAGGUCGAGGACGCCGAGGACGGCGACGGGAGCUUGCUGAGGCUGCUCGACGGCGAGGGAGGCGCGAGCGGCGGCGAGGGGGAGGAGGGCGAGGGGGAGACGGCGGGCGGGGCCGCCUUGCGCGACUUUGCCGACUCGCUCAGGGGCCUGCUCGACGUGAGGGACAGGAUGCGCGAGGCUGUGUAGCUCGACGUGCAAGCGCUUUGUGCCGUUCGUCGCG